UUUCUAUAGAGGAAACAAUACACGCAGAAAAAGCAUACCCAAAAAGAGAACUCUUCAAGCCAAGCAAGAGAAGAAGAUAGGUCUCCAACAUCUCUGCAACCGCAAAUUCAUGGCUUCAUCAUCACGGGCUAUUACUUCAUCUGUCUCCUUCGCUGGCCGCCGGCCUUCUUCUUCUUCUUCUUCUUCUUAUGAUGUGUUUAUCAAUUUCAGGGGUACAGAUACUCGCACUAACUUUGUCUGUCUACUUUAUAAUGCCCUAAAAAAAGAUGGAGUCAAUGCCUAUAGAGAUAGCGAAGAAAUUUGGGAAGGAGAAGAGAUUUGUGGGUCACUUCUAAGAGCAAUCCGAGGGUCUGAAAUCUCAAUUCCUGUCUUCUCUAAGAAUUAUGCAGAUAGCAAAUAUUGUCUCCUGGAACUAGCUGAGAUGUGGGAGUGCCAUUUAUCUGAUGGCCAAACUAUUCUUCCCGUAUUCAUUGAUGUUGAGCCACGAGAUGUUCGUCAUCAGACCGGAAGUUUUGAGAAACCAUUACAGGAGCACCAGAGGAAGUGUAAGUAUGCUGACGUAGAGAGUUGGAAGAAUGCUUUGACAGAAGUGGGGAAACUAAAGGGAUGGACUCUCAUGGGGGACGCAACUAUUGAGGAUCAAUCACAUUUAGUCGAGUUAAUUAUUCAAAGGGUUUUGAGAGAACUAAGCAGUACUCCCUUGGAUGAAUGUAAACACCCUGUUGGAAUGGAAUCCCAGGUAAAUAACCUACUUUCUUUGUUAAAUAUUGGUUCUGAAGAUGUACAAUUUGUGGCAAUAUGUGGCAUGGGAGGCCUUGGAAAGACAACGAUUGCAAAGGUCAUCUAUAAUCGCAUCUUUAGAAGCUUUAAUGGGAGUAGCUUUCUUACAGAUGUGAGAGAAGAAGCAUCACAAGGAAAUAAGGGUUUGGUUUCCUUGCAAAAACGACUUCUUGUGGAUAUCUUGAAAAGGGACCAUGAUGUGAGUAAUAUUUGUCAAGGAUCAAAAUUGAUCAAAAAUCUACUUCAUGGCAAAAAAGUUCUUCUUAUUCUUGAUGAUGUGGACGAUCAUGAACAACUUGAUGUAUUGGCUGGUGGAAUCAAUUGGUUUGGUCAAGGAAGUAAGGUUAUCAUAACAACUAGAGAUGACCAAAGUUUGGAUGCCAAUAAAGUUGAAACAGAUAUUCAGAUAUAUAAGCUUCAAGCAUUGGAUUUUGAGAAUUCUCUUCAACUCUUAAGUGUGUAUGCCUUUUCAAAGAACGAGCCUCCUAAAAAUUAUAAGCAACUUUCACAUGAAAUCGUAUCCCAUGCUGAUGGGUUACCCCUAACUCUUGAGGUGUUGGGUUCUUUCUUAUUUGGCAAAGAUAAAAAAGAAUGGGAAGAGACAUUAGGAGGAUUGAAAGACAUACUUAACAACAAGGUCUCUGGAAUGUCGGUAAAAAGUUAUGAUGAUAAGGUCUUUGCAAAGUUAAUGAUAAGUUACAAUAAAUUAAGUGAACAUGCAAAAAUCAUAUUUCUUGAUAUUGCAUGCCAUUUUAUUGGAUGGAAAGCAGAAGAAGCAAUUUCAUUAUGGGAAGCUUGUGAGUUGCGUCCAAGAUUAUUGAUAAAAGAACUGACUCAAAAACACCUCCUAAAAAUUGAUGAUUAUGGGAUACUGAGGAUGCACGAUCAACUUAGUUAUAUGGGAAGGAGCAUUGUCUCGAAAGACAGCUAUGGGGAUCCCACCAAGCGUACGAGAUUGUGGUCUCAUGAUGAGAUAUUAGAAGUAUUUCAAAAGGGCACAGGAACUCAAAUGGUUGAAGGUAUACUUCGUAAGAAUUUUGAUUUUGCAGCCAAAGAUGAUAUAAGCUGGGAAGACUUUGCAAAGAUGCCCAAUUUAAGAUUUCUUGAUUUUCAUAAAUCUGGAAACCUCAAUGGGGAUUUUUCGCAUCUUUCUUCUAAAUUAAGAUGGUUCCGGUGGUAUUAUUGCCCUUUGAAAAUUAUAUCAUCCAAUUUUUAUCAUGAGGAACUAGUUCAUCUUGAGUUAUCAUAUAGUGAUACCAAACUAGCUUGGCCUGAUAUACCUCAAAAUAAAAAUAAGAGGUUCCAAAAGUUGAAAGUUCUUAUUCUUGAUCACUGUUUCCGUCUCUCUUGCUCUCCCCAUUUUUCAUGGUUUCCAUGCUUACAGAGAUUGGAGCUUACGUACUGCAGUUCUCUUCUGGAACUCCCAUAUAGUAUUUGUCAAAUGGCUUCCCUCAAAAGUCUUAUUCUCAAUUACUGUCAGUCAUUAAACAAGUUGCCUAUGUCCAUAGGUGAUCUAAAACAAUUGGUUAUGCUUUCCAUGUGUGGGACAAUAAUUGAAGAGUUACCUGAUGGUGUAGGACAGUUAGAGAAGCUUGAGGACUUAGAUGUUUCAGGUUGCCUUAAGCUGGUGAAGCUACCAGCAUCAAUGGGUAGAAUGAGGAGUUUGCUUCACUUUUAUCUGCCAAAUACUAUGAUUGUAAAUUUACCAGAUGACUUUUCAGAGCUUCCCUGCAGUUUAACUCACCUAGAUGCAUCACACUCGGAAUGGUUGAAGGUAUUAUCAUUUUAUGACUGCAAAUUUACAUUGUGGGUAAGAUCAUCGGAUUUGUCAAACCUGAAGAGAUUGAGGGAAUUAGACAUUUGCUAUUGUGUAAACCUCGAGGAAAUUCAUGGCCUUGAAGUAGUAGAAUGCUUGGAGGUGUUGAAAUCAUUUGGUUGCUACAAAUUACGAGAGUUACGGGAAUUGUCAAACCUAAAAAAAUUGAGGGAAUUAAACAUUAGCCGUUGUGACAACCUAGAGGAAAUUCAUAGCCUCGAAGGAGCAAAAUGCUUGGAGGUGUUGAGAGCGGUUGGUUGCAACAAAUUAAGAGAGUUACCAGAAAUGUCAAACCUGAAGAGAUUGAGGGAAUUAGAUAUUAGCUAUUGUGGAAACCUCGAGGAAAUUCAUGGCCUUGAAGUAGUAGAAUGCUUGGAGGUGUUGAAAGCGAUUGGUUGCAACAAAUUAUGAGAGUUACCGGAAUUGUCAAACCUAAAAAAAUUGAGGGAAUUAGACAUUAGCGAUUGUGAAAACCUAGAGGAAAUUCAUGGCCUCGAAGGAACAGACUCCUUGGAAGAGUUGACAGUGCAAGAUUGCCACAAAUUAAUAGGGACAUCGAGGAAGACACAAGGGCAGGGAAGACUAGUUGAUAAUGUUGGCAAAGGUGGUCAGGGAUGUAGCUCAAUUGCUGCUGAUGAUCAUGACAUCUAUCAAGGGUCACCAAUUUUGUGUGUUGUUUUUGCAUGCAAACCUCGGAUUUCGAAACAAAUGAAAGGUGUUGCACGAGAGCGCAUCACUUUUGAAAUUGAGGCUUCCAUCCCUCGGAGAAGAAAAGUGACAUACAUUCACUUUUCGAUCACAACCGAGGAGAUUGAAGUCACUCCUCGAGAUAUAAUUUACAUGCACCAUUUAAAUGUCAAUGGGAGUUUGUUUCAAAGCAAAGGUGCUAUCAAGGGAUUAACCGUUAGGAGAGCAGAGGUAAUCUGGCCUACUAGCUGUUGGGAGGUUGAACUGAAAUUCUGGAAGGUCCUAUUCAAAAACGAAGAAUCAGACGAGAAAAUGUUGGUAGCAGAUUUCUUCAGAUGGUCUGAAGCUGAUGAUGACAAAGAGGUGGAGGAGGAAGAGGGUGCGUUGUGGGAUAGAAACUACAAUGGAGUUUGUCUUGAUGAAUGGGACGAUGAGGCAUCACCUCUAGAUUUGUCGAGUUUGGAUCGGACACUGAUUCUCAAGUAUGGGUGGAAGGGGAAAAGGAAGAGAUGGUGAGGCAAACAAUAGACCAACCAUCAGUAUUUGUUCAGGAAAAGGGAAAAACAUCUCUCUCUGACAAUACGAAGGAAGAAGAGGAGUGGAAUAACACAAUAGAAGAAUUAUUGAAGGGUUUAGAAUCUGACUCUGUUUCUGAAGAAGUUGGGGCAGAGGAAGAGGUGCUGAGGCCAAGCAAGAGAUCUCGUCUCCAUUACAGAGAUGAUGAGGCAGCUGGCCCUUCUUGUAGCCCGACUUUAAAACCAAUGGAAGUCGAAUCAAAUAACGGAUUUAAUCUCCAGCAAAUGCUGAUCAGCCAACGACCAAACAUUGACCAUUCUAUUCAAGGGUUUCAUUCUGGUACUGAAGAAGUGGAGAGGAGUAAUAAACACUGAAUUUCUUUGGUCCAUCACAUGGUGGUGGGGGUUAGAGGAGCCAUCAGUGAUCCUGAAGAGGUGUGGAGGAAGAAGGUAAUGCAGCUGGUUCAUAAGUAUUCUCUUCUAUUGUUCUCUCUCUUAUAUAACCUGAGCUCAAUUUUAUCUCAUCUAAGAAUGGUUAAAGAGAUUUUUAUUCUUCUGGCUA